AUGAGAACUUUGAUUGAGGGCGGGCUCCACGGUCCUCUUCCCACUUUGGCGCCUGAUGGGUUGCUCGCUCUGCGAACGACAGGCCUCCUAGAUCCAGAACCAGAGCUCGCAGCCGGGUCUAGGGCAGAAACUCGUCUUCAGAAAAGAAAAAUCUUGGAAUCCAAGAGGUGGGGCCAGAGGCGCGUCCUCCCUGGACCCCGCCCUUUAGCUGUCUCUGCGAAGCGAGCGGAGUUCGGGGCUCCCGGGAGCACGAAUCUGGAGACUCCGGUGCUCAUGGCUCGCGUCCUAGGCCCCCAGGGCCCCUCUGCGCCACUCCUGGCGGCGGGGAGGGAGAGGUUUCGGCGGGCGGCCGGGAUCCUGGCGCACGUGUGCGGGCUGACCCUGCUCAUGAAAAGGUACAUUGAAAAGAGUCGAGCAGAAGAAUGGGCACAAUUUUACUUAAGCAUAAAGAAUCAUUCAGCUAAUGAACUAUUAUUCGACAUGAGCAAUUUUUCUAAAUAUAACUUGAACAAAGAUUUCGCGAAGCUGAAAACAUUGAUGUUCAUUCAACCUAAGCAAAGGAGCCAAGAAAAUCUCCAAGAGAUUCAACUAUGUUUAAAGAAGAACAGGUCAUUUCACAGUUUGCCAAAUGAAGUGCAGCUCCAACUUUGCCAGACUGCGAUCUAUCAAGAGUUGGAAGCUGAAAGUAUGCUUCUAAGACAAGGACACGUACCACUUGAAUGCUACCUGAUUCUUGCUGGACAUUUAAAGGUCAUGUCAAGCAAUACAGGCAUGAACAAAAAUACCAACUCUGAAAUUUUAAGUGAGUUUGAAGAAGGUGAUUUCAUAGGGGAAAUCUGCCUUUUAACUAACACCAAUCGGCCUGCUUCCAUUUUAUGUAAAACAGAUGUAAAACUUCUUGUAAUAAGUAAAGAUGAUUUUUACUGUACUCUUGCACAGAGAAUACAGGAACAGUAUCAAGAAACAUGCAACUUUCUAAGGAGCUUCCCGUUGUUCUUCUCAUGGCCAAAAGAAAAGAUAGACUUUCUGGUUCACUGUUCUUUACGCCGAUACUACAGGGCUGGGCCAACCAUCAUCUCUGACAACUUCAACUCCCACUUUCUUGUAUUCAUCAUAUCUGGUCGCUGUCAGAUAAUUGCUCAGAUGAACUGUGAAGAAAUAUCUGUACGUUCCUGCGUAAUGAAGACCGGCUCUUCCACCCUGAAAAAUCCCCAUGCUGUUCUCCCACCGAGAGGACCUCUCGAUGUAACUGGAAGAAGUUUGGAAACAGCCACAGUUUUUCCCAGGACUUCAUUCUCAGCUGCUAGGAAGAAAACACUAGACACAAAGAAAUCUCCACUCCAGGGACUUUCAUCAGCAACAUGUUUUGUUGAGAUAAGAGUUCUGGAGCAAGGUGAAGUUUUUGGCUUGGCAGAAACAUUGGGCUGUUCCUGUGAUCUUCAUUUGUACCUGAUCAGUGAAGGAGUGGAAUGCAUUUUUAUUCCCAAGAACUUGUUUCUCUCAGAAGCCAGCACUGAUUUCAGGAGAAGCGCUUCGGAGCUGGUGUGUGCCUACCCCACAGAGGAGGCCCUUAGGGAGUACCUGGUGGAGCAGCAAGUGUGGAAUGAGUACAAGGCCAGGCUCUUGGCUCAGCAGCUGAAGAGAUGAACCUGACCCACUGGGUCAGCUCAUUUUUAUUUUUUAUGAAAAAUCUUAAAAGAAAUGGAAAAACACAACUGGGAGGUUAUUUUAAUAAAUCCUUAAAAGUGCCUCCAUAGAGGUCAGGGCAUGGGAUUUAUUUAUUGCUUGAAUCAGUGAUGCUACACCCUAAUUCGCUCAGAGCUCCUUCUGGUAACUUCCUCAUCCUGGAAACAUAAUUGAAACUUGGUGAGAUAUACUGUUGUUUGUCAUUGAAUGGUGUGUUUAAGAUUUAGUUAGUAAAAUGGCAUCAUUUCACAUUGGAAAUCAUUCUGCAUCUAUUUGUUAGUGAUAAAAGCAGUCCAUGAAACUAUGACUAAUAGGAUUUCAAUAAAUGCAUAUGCAUUUUUACAGCAUGGCCAAUGACACAAAAGUUGUCUCAGGCUCUUUAUGCUACCCUCAUUUCUUUUUUUUUUUUCAUUCCUUUUUCUUCUUGCUGUUCUGAUUUGUUGUUUUUUUGAUUCCUUAUGUUCAGAAUCAUUGAUUUGAUUCU